AUGAGCUGUGGUGGGGGGAGCAGCGGCAGCCCCGGCGGCGGGGAGCCGCCUAGAGACCCCGCCCCACUUUCCGAGACUCCACCGCCGCCGCCUGGGAUAACGGCUGGGAAAGCCACAGGGGUACCGCCGAGCCCGGGCCCCAGUGGUUGCUCUGUGGAGGGGGGCGCUGGCCAGGGCGAGAAGCCGGAGACCCGCUCGGUGUGUAGCAACAGCAGCGGGGAAGCCGGCGGGGGCGGUGCCGGCCCCAUCUGCAAGAUCUGCUUCCAGGGCGCCGAGCAGGGUGAAUUGUUAAAUCCUUGUCGAUGUGAUGGGUCAGUACGGUAUACACAUCAGCUUUGCCUAUUGAAAUGGAUUAGCGAAAGAGGGUCCUGGACUUGUGAACUCUGCUGUUACAGAUACCAUGUUAUAGCAAUUAAAAUGAAAAGGCCUUGUCAGUGGCAAAGCAUUACUGUAACUCUGGUUGAGAAAGUGCAGAUGAUUGCUGUAAUUUUGGGAUCACUGUUCUUAGUAGCAAGUGUAACUUGGCUUCUGUGGUCGGCCUUCAGUCCCUACGCAGUAUGGCAAAGAAAAGAUAUCCUUUUUCAAAUCUGCUAUGGAAUGUAUGGUUUUAUGGAUCUAGUGUGCAUAGGACUUAUUGUACAUGAAGGAGCCUCAGUUUGCCGAGUAUUUAAGCGAUGGAGAGCUGUCAAUCUGCACUGGGAUGUAUUAAACUAUGACAAAGCUACAGACAUAGAAGAGAGCAACCGAGGAGAAUCCUCAACAGCUAGGACUUUGUGGUUACCUCUAAAUGCAUUUAGAAGCAGAGGUUUAGUUCAUUCAACACAGCUAACUUCACCAAGAUUUCAGUGUGGCUAUGUUUUGUUACAUCUCUUCAGUCGAAUGAGACCGCAGGAGGAUUCAUCAGAUGACAACAGUUCUGGAGAGGUUGUUAUGAGAGUGACUUCAGUGUAAAAGUUAUGGUCACUGUGGU